AUGUCACUCCUCAAGGGCAAGAUCAGAACUCAUAAGGGCUCAUUUGUUGAUGAGCUUGGAAGAAUCAUUCAGUUGAAAGGGAUCAACUUAGAUGGUGGCUCCAAAUACCCAAAGACUCCCUACUACCCAUCGCAUAAACCCGUGAAAGGUAAUGAGGGUCUGUUUUUUGAUGGUGAUCAUGUCUCUUUUGUGGGUAGACCAUUCCCCUUGGAUGAAGCGCCUGAGCACAUUAAAAGAAUCAAAAGUUUGGGAUAUAACAGCAUCAGAUACAUUUUCACUUGGGAAGCGAUUGAACAUGAAGGUCCAGGAAAGUAUGAUGAACAGUUCAUAGACUACACUAUUGAAGUUUUGAAGAUUAUUGAUGAAAUAGGAGGACUGUAUGUUUAUCUUGAUCCACAUCAAGAUGUUUGGUCGAGACAUUCAGGUGGUGACGGUGCUCCAAUGUGGACUUUAUACGCUGCUGGCUUUGAUCCAAAAACCUUUGAUAAAACUGAGGCUGCUGUGUUGCAGAACUAUUUUCCUCAUGAUCCUAAAGCGUAUCCUAAAAUGCUUUGGACAACAAAUUAUAAACGUUUAGUUGCAGGGUCAAUGUUCACCUUAUUCUUUGCUGGGAAAUCGCUUGCUCCAAAAGCAAUUAUCAAUGGUGUGAACAUUCAAGACUAUUUACAAGAUCAUUUUAUUGCCAGUGUUGGGUAUUUGGUGCAAAGAAUUAAAGAUGCUGCUCCCAAAUUAUUUGAAAAAACCAUUAUAGGAGUGGAGACAAUGAAUGAACCAAACCCAGGAUACAUUGGAACUCCAGAGAUUGACAAAAUACCGGAUAAUCAGAACUUGAGGUUGGGGACUUGUCCAACUAUGUUCCAGUCAGUAAAGCUUGGUGUUGGUAUACCUACAGAAGUUGAUGAGUACAAAAUUUCGGUUUUCGGUCCUAAAAAGACUGGUACAAAUCUUAUUGAUCCUGAUGGGACAAUUGCAUGGUUAACUUCUGAUGAAUUUGACAAACAUUAUGGAUUCAAAAGAAGUUCUGUAUGGAAAUUAGGAGAAUGUAUAUGGGCUCAACAUGGUGUGUGGGAUGUUGAAACUACGACAUUACUUGAACCUGACUAUUUUGCGACAGACCCAUCAACAGGCGCUAAAGUGGAUGAGGACUACUUCAUCAAUAACUAUUAUAUUGAUUAUUACAAGAAAUUUAGAAAGGCAGUGAGAGAUAUUUUACCUGAUACUUUUAUAUUUUUACAGUCACCACCUCUUCAAAUUCCACCAAGGUUAAUAGGGACUGAUUUGAUUGAUAGUAAUACGGUGUUUUGUCCUCAUUAUUAUGAUGGUAUGUCAUUAAUGUUCAAAACAUGGAAUAAGAAAUAUAAUGUUGAUACUUUGGGAAUAAUGAGAGGUCGUUACUCAAACCCAGUCUUUGGAAUUGUCCUUGGUGAAGCUAAUAUCAGAAAAAGCUUCAAGAAUCAAUUGCUUGAAAUGUCACUUGAAAGCCAGGAUAACUUAGGUAAAGAUGUUCCCGUUAUGUUUACUGAAAUAGGUAUGCCUUUUGAUAUGGAUGACAAGAAAGCCUAUAAUGACGACGACUUCUCCUCUCAGACAAGUGCUUUAGAUGCAUUAGGAUUCGCUUUGGAAGGAAAUAAUUUAUCACACUCUUGGUGGUGCUACACAUCUGAUAAUUGUCAUAAAUGGGGUGAUAGGUUUAAUAAUGAGGAUUUUUCAUUCUGGUCUAAAGAUGAUGAUCUUGAUGCUAGCACAUUAAAAAAAUUGGCAUUCCAAGAACAUUCAGCUAGUGUUACAGAUUUUGAUUCUGAUACUGGAACAUUGACAGGAAGCUCAUCUGCCUUGAGAAGUCAAUAUGGUACCACAUACUCUUCCUCAUCGGAUAAACCAAGUCACGAAGGAUUGAGGGCAAUUGACUCCAUAAUACGGCCAUAUCCUUUAGCAUUGAAUGGUACCUUUUUAGAUGCUGACUUUGAUCUGCAACAAGUUAAAUACACUUUGAAGUUGAAUGGAAAAGAUGUUUCACAGUCAUCUACAAGGAUUUAUUUACCUCAUUGGCAUUUUCCUUCUGGUGACACUGAUAUUGAUAUUACCUCCGGAAGUGUUACGAUUGAUGAAGAGCUUGAAGUUCUUGAGUGGUCCCAUUUGGGUGGAGAACAAACUAUUGUCAUCAAAAACCUCAAUGUCAAAGAAGCUGAACAAGGGUGGAGUUCUUGUUUUUCAAGUAUCAUCAAUUCUUGCUGUUGA